AUGCAGCGUUUGAGCGUCCUGGCCGGACACGUCACCUCGACGAGCGCAGAGGAGCUGCUGAACCCAUCGCCAGUAGCCAGCUACUGUGACGGUGGGGUUGAGAAGUCGGACGAUGACAUCGUGAUCUGCUGCGCAGUGAGAACGGCAAUCACGAAAGCAAAGAAGGGUGGCUUCAAGGACACGCCACCUGAGGACAUGCUUGUUCCGCUCUUCCAGGAGAUCAUGAAGAGGACAGGAGUGAAGCCCGACUGCAUCGGUGACAUUCAGAUCGGCAAUGUGAUGCAGCAGGGUGGUGGAGCUCUGACCUCGCGCCAGGCCCAGUUCAUGGCAGGGCUGCCAUGCACAGCAGGCUUGAGCUCGGUCAAUCGUUGGUGCAGCAGCGGAUUGCAGGCAGUGGCCAACAUUGGCGCCUCAAUCAAGGUGGGCUCCAUUGACAUUGGUCUGGCUGGUGGCGUGGAGCAGCUGUCUUUCUUCCCCAUGGGUGAGGGCCUGGAUUUGAACAAGUUCUCCGAGCACAUCUUGGCUGUCGAGGAUGCCAAGAAUUGCCUGCUGCCCAUGGGCAUCACUUCCGAGAACGUGGCGGCGAAGUACGGAAUCUCUUUCGAGAGGCAGAAUGCCUUGGGCGCCAGGUCGAACGACUUGGCGAUCGCGGCUCAGAACAAUGGUCUGUUCAAGGACGAGAUCGUGCCGAUCAAGACCAAGACCAUAGACAAGAAGACCAAGGCUGUCAAGGAAGUCCUUGUCGACACAGAUGAAGGCCCCCGAGCCGGCACUACGGUGGAAAGCCUAGGCAAGCUGAAGCCUGCCUUCAAGGCAGGUGGAACCACCACAGCUGGCAACUCGAGUCAGGUGUCCGAUGGUGCAGCCCUGGUUUUGGUAGCUCGGCGCUCUGAGGCCAAGAAGCACGGCUUACCAAUCCUGGCACGACUGCGAAGCUUCGCAGUUGCCGGCUGUGACCCGGCACUCAUGGGCAUCGGGCCAGCUGUGGCAAUCCCGAAAGCACUGGAGAAGGCAGGCUUGACGGUUGCCGACAUCGACAUUUUUGAGAUCAACGAGGCUUUCGCAUCCCAGGCGGUGAUGACGGUCGACACCUUGAAGAUCCCUCUGGAGAAGGUGAACCCCAAGGGCGGUGCAAUUGCACUUGGCCAUCCGCUUGGCUGCACCGGAGCCCGGCAGAUUGCCACUCUUUUGCCAGAGAUGAAGCGCACCAAUGCCAAGUUUGGCCUGUGCUCCAUGUGCAUUGCAACCGGGCAGGGGGCCUGCGGCGUGUUCGAGAACGAGCAGUAG